GCGAACAGGGAAGUCGUUUGUUAUUGUCGAGUAAAGCCUGCUUCGAAAUUACACACUUAUGGACGGAGAAAGAUUACUUCUGAGUCUUCUGUGUCUUUUGAGUCUGCCUGUAGUUGUCUCUGGUGGUUGUCCAACGUCACCUUUCACAGAUUCGAAUGGAUAUAUCGAAUCUCCAGGCUUCAACACAGCUCAAUCUUAUGACGAUAACGUGUUAUGUAUGUACAGAAUAGUAGUGCCCGCUAAUCGAAGGGUAAUUCUUGAGUUCAAAAAGCUCUCUAUCUUGGGAACUAUGCCGAACUGUGAGGGAGAUUCUUUGGAAAUACUUGUCGGAUGCAACAACGCAUCCAUCGGUAAAUUCUGUUCUUGUUCGGAUUUGACAAUGCCGAACAAAAUCUACUCCCUCGACAACUGUAUGACCCUAAUUUUCAAGUCUGAUGAGUCAAAGAGAGCUGAAGGCUUUGAAGCAGAGUACACCUCAAUAGAUAACAGCACAGAAUUGGAUCCUAAUUCAAACUGCAGUAGUACCAAGCUCCUGGGAUCGUCUAAUGGAACAUUCUUCACUCCCAACUGGCCAUUGACGUAUCCUCCAGAUGCUGCUUGUUCGUGGACAUUUAGUCCUCCAGAAGAAAAGAUUGUUCGCCUGUUUUUCAUGAGCUUUGAAAUGGAGGGAAAACAUGAAUGUGACGCGAACAGGCCGUCCGUGACUGCAGAUGAAAUACGCAUUAAUGGUACGAAUUCAACAGGGGGUAAAGGUGACAUUGUUCCAAGGAUUUGUGCAAAGCCAGACACGCUCUAUUACACUAUCAAGCAAAUGCGGGCAGUCACGGUCAGAUUUUCAUCAAAUCGUAGAGAUGAGUCUUCUGGAGCUAUUGCUGGUUAUGCUAGUUACAAAAAAGAUACUUUCAACUCAUCAUCUCCUGGGUAAGACAAACAUGUUAUUUCAUGAUUGUUGUAAAUAUAUUAUUAUAUAUGGGUCGAUAGGGCUCGACACUUACUCUUAUCCACUGUCCUUUGGAAAGUAAAGUUACUUCUUGGAAAGUGAAAAAUUGAAAAAGAACCAAAAUACUUAUCUGGUCUGAAGUAAAUUUUGGGCUAUGCUGGAAAGUGCCUUUUAUCUUAAAAAAGCUUCAGCGAAAGACAUGUACACGUAUAAAAAAAUAAUCAAAAACUUAUGAAAAAAAUAAUCAGAUCCAACAAUGAUUUUCUGUCUUCAAAAGGACGGGUUCACACCAUUCUAGCAUUUACCGAUCCGUCAUAUUGGAGUAUUGAGAGAGCUGCUGAGUUACCCACCUGAAUCAACGAUGAACUUGUACUACAACCAAAAUACGCCAUUUUUCCAUCACUGAAGUGGGGGGAGGGUUGGUUGUAAUUGCGUUUGACAAAGUGAAACACAAACCUAAUUUUGACCUGUGGCUUUCCAGAGUUGGUCUCCUUGUGCAUGGUUGUAGGCCAAAAAAACCACAUUCCUGUAAGGACACCAAAAUGGCCACCCCGCUUGAUUUUUGCAGGGGCAUGCCACGGCCAGUA